AUGCCUUCUGUUAGACAUCAAAAGUUUAGUACUCAAAAUAUUUCAAAUGGUGAACCCCUUAAUCAUAUACUUGAUCAUAUAUCCGUAAAAUCCCGAUUUGUAAAAGAUUUUGGUGGGGAAACUUUACAUGCUGUAUGGACCGAUUAUGAAAAAGAAUGCAAAUCAGACGUCCUAGGAAAUCCAAGAUGUACACAUGGCUUGGUUGCUGCAAUCCUUCAAGAACUAUUCAGACGUAUCAUAGCUGCAACAGAUGAGCAAGUUGGAAAAUUCGAUAUGAAAGCUUUAUUAAAAUGUGAUUUCUCUACUAGUACAACUACUUCAGAGAUAGCGAGUGGUGUUGUUCUAUUAGAUGUAGUUAAACCUUUCUCAAAUUAUACAAAUUCUACAAAAUAUGGAAUUUCAAAAAUUACUUUGGAUGGUUCUUUAGAAGACUGGAAUAAACUUCAAGAAAAAGUUAUCCAAUUAAGAAAAAUUAAUUUCGACUUAGACUUUUGGCUUGAUCGUCUUGAUCCUGUUAUUUGGCAAUUUGUUGCUACUUAUCGUGGUGAAAUCGAUAAAACCUUUUGGAAUUCUAUUGCAACUGAAUUAAAUUUUGAUUCAAAUGAUCCUAAGCUGAUAGGUUGGAUUUCUUCAUUUUUCCCAUAUGGACGUGAUGGUAAACCUUUAGAAGGAAAUUGUAUUCGAACUUCUGAUUUACCUGAUGGAAGAAUUGCUUUACCUUUUGUUACAACUUCUGGUUUUUGUUUAAAACUUGUUUCCGGUUUUGUUGGUGCUCGACAAGAAUAUGAUUCUGACGAUGAUAUAGUUGUAUCUCCGGUUAUUGGCUGGGCCGUUUGCGGAUUUAACCCUUCCGGAUAG